CCAAAAUGGCGGCCUCUAAGGUUAAUCUGAAUGGCUGUGUAUAUAAAUAAGAUGGGAUGGCAUUGAAAAUGAGAGACGAUCGCAAUGGUAGGAAUAACAAACGACGGAAAGAUAGCAGUGGAAGGCCUCAAACAGAUCAGCAGGAUGCCAACGAGCAUCAUGUGAAUGGGGACUGGAACGAUGGCCUCACCACCUGUGCAGGUCCUGAGGCCCCUUCAAAUCAUGACCAUAAGAGAAUGGCGCACAAUGAGGUGGAGAAGAGGCGAAAAGACCGGAUUAAGCAGGGGAUAUCCACACUGGGCCAGCUCCUUCCACCCAUGACUCCAGCAGAGAAACAAGCAAAUUGUUACUCGGCUGAAAGGAACACCUUGUCCAUACUUGAAAGAACGGCUAAUUUCAUCCGUGAUCUCAAAGAAAAACAUGAAAAGUUUUUAAUGGAUAAAGGAGAAGAAGUACAAGCGGAGGAGAUUAAGAGACUAAAAGCUGAACUGGAAGAAACUCGUAUGGAGAGGGAUAAAUUUGAGAAUCAGCUACGAGCAGCAGGCAUUCCACUGAUGGAUGACUUCCCCUCCUCAUGGACCUUCAGGAAAUAUGACAUGACACAGUCAGCUUCGGACGGUGGGCAGGAUUCAGUUGUGCUGGCUUUACCUUCGGAUCAGAAUAUGGCAGAGACUUUAUCUUCAAACAAUAGCUUUGGGUCAAAAGGGGAUGAAAGUACAAAGUCUAAGAAAGGCAGUAAACAUCGUCGUAAAAACACGAUCAGUUCUCAGUUGGAAAAUUCAGAAAAGGCCAAUUCAGGUGAUGAUCAAGGUCUGAAGACUGGUGACGUACUGAUGACAGCCCAGGAUCAGGGCAUGUUUUCACAGGCUAAUAUGGGGAUGAUGGGACUUGGACAGAAUUCUGCUCUGAACCCACAGUUCCUCAAUGCAUCAGUACUUGGUGGUAAUGUGCAGCAGGGUCAAGGCCAACUCCUUCUCCCUGCAUUAAAUAUCGUCAAUCCUGCUGCUAUUAAUGCUGGUGCCAUCAAUCCUGCGGCCAUCAAUCAAGGUGCUAUCAAUCCGGCCACCCUCAACCCUGCCUUGAUGCAGAACUUUGGCAUGGACAGGUGUAAUGGAAUCAUGCCUUACAUGUCUCCCAAUACAAAUAUAAGUGCUUUAACACAGAAUAACAAUGCAGCAGAUGGUUUUAGCUUGCUGCAAAUGGCAAUGAGAGAUGCUGGGAUAACGGCUACCAGUAUGUCAACGUCUGCCGCUCCUCAAAGUGCUCAGUCUGUCAGUGGCAGUAACACUUCCAUAACCUCAGCCCAAUCUUCAAAAUCAGCAGGUAUUUCUGAACUGGCGACCUCAGAUACAUCUUCAUCGCCUCUUCACACACUUGCAUCUGUUGCUGCAGACACCCAAAGUUCCUCGUCAAACAUAGUGGCUUCCUCAUCAACAGUGGCAGGAAUAUCACAGACACAGACACUUACAUCUAGUACUGCUAGUACAAGUACAACACAAGCAAUUAACCUCAACAUGCCAAUCAUGACUCCAGGCCAGUGUGGCCUCAUGCAGACAUUUAACCCAAACAUGGGUUUACAGGUGAUGGCACAAAAUCAAGGUAUGCCCUUCAGUAUGAUGCAAAAUGGUGGGCUUGGUGGCAUUAGUGUGAUGUCUCAGCAGCAAGGUCAGAUACUUUACCUCAAUGAACAAGGUAUCCCAGUGCUGUCUAAUAUGCCUAUGCAUGGAUUUGAUGGCUCUGCUAUGACAAACUCCUCUCAGAUUGCUUGUGUUGCCCAACCUAAUAGUGUAACAGGACUGAAACCUGGAUCUGCCACAGGGAUGUCACAAAUGCAGGUUGCACAGAAGGGACAAAAUGUGCUUUCUCAGAUGCCAGACUCUCAACCAUCUGCAGAAAUUCAGGCCAGAGAUGGAAUGGUUCAGUUCCAGAACAACAUCUUGCAGCAACAAUCUCAACUACAACCAGGUGAUACCAGUAAUCAGCAGCAGGGACAAGCCCCCAAAAUUGGCUUCAAUCCUCUUCAAAAUCAACCUGGAGUAAAUGUGUUCCCUAAUGCAGGAGACAGUGCUAAUGCACUUUUACAGGUCCAGCAGCAGCAGCAACAACAGUUGAAUCAGCAACUUAUUCAGGCUGCACAGUUGUCUGGUUUGAACACAGGAAUGAAUCGCACAGGAGCUGGGAUAAAUCAGACAGCUAUGAAUGUGAUGGGAAGCUGUGGUAAAGCUGAGAACCCAAACAACACUACUGCACUUACUGGGGAGAACUUGAUGCUUCCAGUCAGUCAGUCUGGUAACCUACUAACCCUAAACCAUGGUCAGAAUCCUGUGCAGUUGCCAUCAGCUCUGAUAUUGCCUAAUGGACAAAUCAUACCAGUUGUGACACAGCCUCAACUUUUAAUGGGGCAAAAUCAGCAACCUGCUGUGUCUGCUGUGAACACCAGCACAAAUGCUCUACAACAAAGCAUGACGAUUAACAAACCUGCUGAUGGAGCUAAUCCUGCACUGCAAGGAGUGGGAGCUGCAAAUAACACCAUACCUCAGGUCCAAGAGGUGUGUUCAGUUAGCAGCUCACAAGUCGCCACAACUCGCCAGACAGGUCUGCUAAUGACAACUAACACAAUUGUGACUGCUCCCAACAGGCCAGUGUCAACCAGUGUAGCAGCUCUGACUACCACAGUUGUGCCCACCACUGUGACAGGAAGCGUCAUGACUACCCAAGUACAGAAACAUCAAACUAUGACAACACAAGGUCAGAAAAGGCAAAGCAGUAACAAGACUGAGUCUAAGAAUGAUGGAAGUCAGAAUCUUCAACCCAAAAUGACUAUACCAACAAACGUCUCUGUACCAGAAUCUGCAAGAAAUUCUUCUGUGAUGCAGUCCAGUGCUGCUCAAAUGCCCAUGGGCAUUGAUCCUCACAACACACAGUCUGGCAGCAAUCCAGUGACAAUUUUACCAAGUGGGCAGUUUGUAAAUAACAGUGGAGCAAUUGUGCUGACUCUCCCAACAAACUGCCCUGGUCAGCCACCAACAAGUGUAUUGGUUGACCCAAACACAAUGCAAGUGUUAGGUAUGCUACCCCAGCAACAGCCAACUCAACAACAAUCUACUUUACCAGUUCCUUCAGUCCCAACUGGCCAACAGACUCAGGCUAACGUUCAGCCUGCGGCGGAACAUGGAAAGAAGAGCAAAAAAGGCUUGCACAGAGCUCUUAAACCUAAGCCACCAACAACUAAGGAGAAGUCUGCAAAGAGCCAAUCAUCCAUGAGCACUAGCACAUCCAUCUCAGUAACAAGUACAACAACAACAUCAACAGGACAAGCCAAUAAUGAACCCACCUCUCCAAGAUCAAACCAAGGAACAAAUUCUGCCAGUGCCACAGACAUCAGUGCAACAGACAUCUUAGCCCAAGCAGCAGAAUCAAUAUUUUCUGACAUUUCCCCAUCAAUUACAAACUUUUAUAACCCAGCUAAUGAGGAUAAUCCUCUACAUAUUGAUACAAGUGCAGGAGAUACUGAGGAAGAUGCGGUUGCUGUUUCUCCCAAAAAGGAUCGUUUGCAAAAUUCACAAGCAAUUUACAAUAAACAGUCUUCAAUAUUGCAUCAUGAUGUGACAGAUCCCUCGACGUCUCCUUACCAUUUUGUUGAAUCCCCUCCACUAUCUAAAGAAGUUUUGAAAAAAAGUAAGAGUAAGAAGAGUUCUGGUUCAGUUGCAUCACAAAAAAGUGUAGCAGCUAAGAAACCAAGUAAAAAGCCAUCUGGAGGCAGUAAGAACAGUAAGAAAAGCCAGCAGAAUAAAGAAAAAGGAGACAACCCAUCUAAACAAACUGAUAGUGCGGUGAGCGGAAAACAAAAUGAUGAUAAGUCGAGUGAAAAACAAAAAUCUGGUGUGGAGGCUAAAAAUGUGGUUGAUGCUCACCCUAAAAUUCCUGAUCCAGCCAAUAACUUAAAACGAACUGAUCCCGGUAAAGAUGAUGUCUCGCAGUUGGUCCAGACCCAUGAGCAGGUUCAUCCAACUUCAGAAUACCAGCAGUUGUUUUCUGAUGAAUCAAGUCAUGGAGAAUUUGGUCAGCAGGAUACACCAUCUGUUGGUAUCCCUGAAACAAUUAGUUUCACAGAAAAUGAACUCUCUGAUGUUCUUGAUCAAGUUGAGAAGCUGGGAAAUUCACUGACUGAAGAGAAUCAAACCCCUGCAAGUGCAAAGAAGUCAAAAUCCAGAAAGAAUAAAGGUCAAAGCGAGACUGGAUGUGAGGAGCACUCUAGCAAGAAGAAAAAGAAGAGUAGUCAUGAUGAGCCUGACCUUACAAAUACAUCUCUGAGUAUGGACAGUAUUUUGGCAUCAAUUUCAUCUGGAACUACCAAUGCAAACCCAAAAGAUGAAACAUCAAAAAAGAAGGAGUCAGAGUCAUCUGAAACUUUAUCCAUUCAUGUUGAUCAGCCGACUUUGCACAUGCCAACACUGAGCUCUCCAACCAGAAGCAUUAAAAGUAUUUCCCCUUCCACAUCAAAAAAGAAUAAACCUGGUUCAGAAUUAUCAGGUGUUUCAUCUGCUGUGGACACGAAUGUGAAGCGAGCUGCACACAUGGAUAACCUGACUAACCCUCUUCAUAUUGUGUCCUCCCCACCACAGAGUUCUCCUGCAAUGAUGGAUUUGACUAAAUCCAUGGGUUCUUCCAGCACAUCUCCCAGUCUCACUUCCCCACCCUUAAAUGUUAAUUCAAUUCAUGGAUCUUCAGGUCAGAAGACAAACAACAUGGGGCAUGCUCCUGAAAAUCGAUUACUCAGCAAUGAAGGAAAUAUGAAUGAAUUUUCUUUUUUUAUGCCUGACAGCGCUGACUCCCAAGUUCCACAAGGGCCUCAGUCUGUACCCUGCAUGCCCACAAGUGGAGUCUCCAUACCUACUAAUGGUUCUUCCCAUUCUCAGUCUCCAGGAAACCGUGGGACAACCACAGCAUCCUGUAAAUUACCUUCAGAACAACAAAGACUGUCAAACUCUUCCAGCUUACCAAAUGUUCAGUCUUCAAUGAUGUCCCCAAGGUCUGUCUGUUCCUCCAGUAGUCCCAUGGAAAGUUCUGUACAUCACGGUCCCCAAUCUCUUCCAUCAUCCAUCAACAACCAGUUAACAUAUUCCGCAGAAUCUCUUUUCAGCCCUUCUUCCAACUGCCAAUUGAAUGCUUUGCCAGAUAUUAGAAGAGAGCUUAAUCAGGCCUCAAACCCACCUGCACCACCGCUGAUGCAUCCUUCAAGCCAAGUAACUGUUCAGCCCGCAAACACAUCACCUGGUGUCUCAAGGCCAAGAACAAGUAUAUACUCUGCUGAGAAUUUUGUGCAGCCCAGCAUGAAUUGUGACUCACAAAAUGUACCCAAGUCAUCAUACAACCGUCCUCAGGAAGAUUACCCUCAGACAGCAUCAAGCCGUGCUAAUCCCAUGGCAAUGGCUGCUGAAAGUUUCAACUUCUCUAACAUCGCUUCAAAUGUACCUAAUAAUAACAGAGGCAGAACAUCCUCCAAUGUUAACACCACCAUGACCCCUACAUCAUCCAGCUCAUUUUCAUUUUCAUUGACUGGCAAUGCUGAAAGUACGAACAACAGCUUCCCACCACAGAUUGGACACCACCAAUUUCCCUUUUACCCAUUACAUCCUUCAGUGACGACCUCCCAGGGAGCUAAUCCAGAAUCAACCCCUGAAACAUCACGGAAAUCUGGUCAGCUAGAUCAUCAGCCAGUUGGCUUUCCGUCGUUUGGUUCUGAUCCACGUUCCACCACCUUCCCAAGUACUCAGCUUAACCCAGAACAAAGCCCCUUGAAUCAUAUGGGCCCGGUUCCUCAACCAUUCUCUGGCUUCCCUACACCCCCAGAGUCAACAGGAACUGCUCACAGUGAUGAUGGGAUGUUUCACAAUCGACCUCCACUUGGGGGAUCAUCAUCGGGUAACAAGGUGGAUUCCAGGUCAGUGUCUGGAACCAGUAAUGUCAGAAAACAUAAAGACCCGGGACAUAGUAGACCUGGUAUGUCUGGUACAGAACAGCAAGAUGGGCGCAGUAUGGAACGGUCAUUUGUCAGCACUGGUUUGCCAUCUUUCUACACGCCUAUUAGACAACAGACAAAUGCUCCUCCUCCAUUGGAAACUCCACCUCUUCACCACCUACCACCAUCUUCAAAUGAUACCAGAAUGAGCAAUUCAUAUCAACCUAGCAUGUCCAAUUCCAGUCAUCAGUUUAACUCUGACUUUUCGUCUGUUAGGAUGGAAGGUCCUUCCGUUCAAAUGCCAAAUGGAGGGAAUCAGAAUUAUUCUCAGCACCAGCAGAACAAUCCCAGCACAGAUGCCAACAAACACAACCGGCAAAAGGCCAAACAGUUGCCUGAUCCUCACUUGUCGAGGCGACAAGGUAUUAUUUCAAUGGAUCCCCAAGUCCCCACAAGGGGAAGUUCGAGCCGACAGCCUCCACAAAAUCAGCAUGACCACAGAUCUUCUCAGAAUCCAGGAUCUCAUACACCAACACCCAACUCACACAUAGAGCAGCAGCAGGCUCCAACAUCUCAACAAGCCAGAUCUCAGAAAGGAUCCACCAAGCAGUCUAAAGGGCAACCAACACGCAGUAAAAAAUCCUCCAAACAAUCAUUUAAUCAGGACAUGGAUUCAGGUGUGACACAUUCUCUUUUUGACGCUUCCCAAGGGAUUCCUCCCUUCUUCCCCAUUGCUAGUUUGUCCCCACCCCCAAGCAGGAGUGCUCAACCAGAUGGACCGACUUAUAUGCCUCAUUUAUUUGGACCAUCAUCAAGAUCAUUGCCUAAUGCUAACAUUGGUGUCCACAAGAAUCCGGGUGAGUUAGGAGGCACUUUUAAUCAGUUGUUCAAUCCUGUACGGACUCAAACCAGUCUUGGCCUGAAUUUCCAGCCAGGGUUUGGGAUGAACCCCGUUCAUGGUGGCCAUGGGUCGGCUGCUCAAAUCAAAAGUCACAGCACUGGUGUUUCUGUGACACAGCCCAUGUCUAACUUUAACCUUACAAACAUUUUCCCAGAUGUGAAUAAUUGUUCUCAGUCAAAUGGGGGUUUAAAUAUCUCUCCGAUAAAGUUCCCUCAUGGGAAUGCUAUAAUCCCACCACAGCCUGGGAUGGACCCUAACACACUACAGCACCAUCACCAACCAGGCAUGCUUUAUCACAAUCGUACGCCAGGACCCCCUCCUGUUCUCCACAAUGCUAUGAGUAUCAACAGCCUUAUUGGGCAUAAUCAUCCAGGGAUGGGACAAAUAAACAAUACCAUGGGGCAAACGUUCCAUGGUUAUGGCCAUCCGUCAUCCUUUACCAUGCCACAUCUGAACUUUAUGCAUGAACACUGAUACAGAUAAGUGACCCAAUGCAUUUCUCCCUGCCCAAAUUGUGUUGAUGUGGAUGAACUUGUUUUCCUGCCUUAUAGCGUGUUUGGAGAUUUUUAGAGUGUAUAUAAUGUUUUAUCAAAUACUCUAUAGUCUUUCAUGUAUCAACUUGGAUGAAGUUGUGUAAAUUUUGUCAAAGCAUACCUGUAUGUAUUAUUUGACAUGUUUUAUGUAUGUGUAAAUAUUAAUCUUCUCUGUUUACACUGCCAGUCUUCUCAGUCGGUCAUAAUUCUCUUAAGGGCAUUUACUAAUGCUUGUAAAUAUGCAACAACAAAAUAGAGUACUUUGUUAAAGUGAAUGCUGUAGGAUUGACAACUUGAUGUCAAAAUAUUGCUCCCUAAAGCCUGUCCAUAUAAAGGUUUUAUUAAGCAUCCAAUAUUUAUACAUGUACAGUAAUUCGCAAUAUGUUUUAUGGCUAUAGGAUAACUAAUUCAGCCAUAGGAAGAUAUGGUUCCUAGCUCUUUAAGCUCUCCAUACUUUUUACUGGGUUAAUUUUUUUUAGAUCUUACAUUAAAUGUAUGAAGACGUAUUCCUCUAGUGUUGGUGAUAUCUAGGUUUUGUAAUCUCAGACAUUUUACAAUCUCCCUUACAUGUGUUAACUUCUGUAUAAACACAUCUGAAAACAUGUAUGUUGUGUGUUGAUAAACUAAGCAUUUUAAACUGA